CCGGCAGGAGGCUCCCGGCGGCCAUCUUGUGUCGGCUGAGGGGAGGCUGGCACAGGCCGACAGGACAGAUCUGCAGAGCCGGGAGCUGCGUUUCAUGACAAGACAGAUUCGACUCUUGAGAGUCUGAAAGGCACAGCUGAACGUCUGAGGCAGCCACCUUCGAUCUCAGCAGAGGCUGAGAAGAUUAAAGAGCAAAUCAGUGAAGAUAAGAACGUGUCAGUGGAUCUGGAAAGACUUCAGCCGGUGUAUGAGACGCUUAAACAGAGAGGGAAGGAAAUGAUUGCUCGCUCAGAAGGAGCCAAUAAGGAUAUAUCUGCUAAAGGUUGUGGUGGUUGUUUCCACAUAAUGUAAUGAAACUAGCCGCGAAGUUGUGGUGUAGUCACGUGGCUCUUGCAGCUACUAUUAAAGAUACUCAGGAGCUCAUUGGAGAACUGGAGGGACCUGGAAUUGACCCGUCUCUAGUCAAGCAACAGCAAGAAGAUGCUGAGGCUGCUAAAGAUGAAAUUGAUGGACUGCAAGAGGAACUAGCAACAGUUCUGAGCCUUGGCUCUGACCUUGGAGCUGCUUGUGGAGAGCCUGACAAACCUAUUGUCCACAAGAGCAUAGAUGAGCUGAAUUCUGCCUGGGAUGCCUUAAGCAAAACAAGGAAAGACCGGGCAGAUAAGCUUGUUGAAGCUCUGCAGGCAGCUGUUCCAUACCAAGAAGGACUGCAGGGAUGCACAUCCGCUGUUAUUAAAGCCAUCGCCCAAGAGAUUCUGCAUCAGCCAAGUGACGUGUUCCCAGAGCUUCUCUGUGGGGUGCCGCUACUGGGAAGUAAUUCCCCAGGCCAGCGAUGGGUGGGCUGUGUGAGUUGCUGAUGAACUUCUUGGAAAAAGGGACAAAUUAGGAAGAGCGGAGCAUUCCUGGUGCGGAGAAUGGCUAGGUCCCAAAGAGCAGCUGUCAGCGUGGCACAGAGAUCAAGAAACAUUAUUCUGCAAGGAUAAACUGUUGAAGGUUGGAGUUUUGCUGGAGCUACAAAAGAAGACCGUGUCCUUUUAUUCCAUCACUGACAAAGAAAUGCUUUUGCACACCUUCGGAAUCAACACCUCACCUCCUCUUUACCCUGCUUUCUGGCUAUAUAGUCUAGAAAGAAAUGGAUCUUUCAGUCUAAGUCAGAAAAGUGACAAUUUUGGCUGUGACUGCAGAGCUUCUGUACGAGCUUCAGUGUCUCGCACAGGAAUUUACCCAGGAGUGUGUAGCGACCCAGGUCUUCCUGGGAAUCAGCAGCUGAUACUUGGCUCUGCUUUCCUUCCCGCUGUGCUCUGCUGUAGCUGAACACUGAACUGCUGUCCCCGAACACCCUGGAAGCACUCUGGACUAACUGCGCGUCUGUAAGAUGCCAGCGGUGCGUGUGUCAGCUUCUACAAGAGUGGGGGUGGCUCUCUCAACAUUGCCAACAGUGAAUGCACAGCUGAUGGCUGCUGCCUCUUGUUAGGGCUGAGGCGUCCCUUCCUGGUGCAUCUGGAGCAAGAACAGGGCCAGCACGAUGAGCUGCCUGGGCACCUCUAGGUUUGCACGUACAAACUGUGCUGCAGUGCUCAGGAACAGCAAUUUGUUGCGCUUUGAUCAUAAAUGACCGUGCCAUGUGAAAGGGAGUGUGUUGUGUCGCUCCUGGUGUUCCUGUGCGUCGGAGGCGCUCACUUGGCAGGCGCAGCACUGCAGCCAGCGCCGUUCCAUGACAGCGCUUGAAAUCUGCAUCGUGGCUCCCAACGGCAGAAAGCUGCGUCACCAUCCCAGGGAAGCCCAGAGCAGAACUCCCACGCAGAGGCGACAGGAGCCCACAAGCCCACUGCCUGCUGUAUUUCCCACUGGGCUCUGAGGGGGGAGAGCAGA